UGAAAUGUCAGUUUGCCGCAUUCAGUAUGGCACAGCGCCAGUGAAACGAAACAAUUUAUUUUGUGAUUUUUUUAGGCGUGUUAAUAUUUAAACAAGAAUAAAUGUGUUGCGAAAGCAUGACAGUAUCGUGUUAUCCACAUCAUGAUUUGUAUUGAGUUUGCACUUACCCAUGGAUGAACAAAACGAUGGCUUUGUUGGAUUGUCGUACAGCAAGGAUUAACCAUUUAUCCCAAGUCUGCAAGUGAAGAGAAGGAAAACUCUUCCGAAAGCAUUCUGUUUGAGUUAUCCGUAGGGAGGAAAUAUACAAUCCUCAUCGUCUUCAUUCUGUAAAGAAUCCAUCGCCAAGACUGUUCGAAAAUGAAACGCAACUACUGGGGUAAGGUGGUGGACAGUUCCGACGCACGCAAGGAAUUGGAAGCAAACGAUAUCGUGCUCACCAUGAGCAAGAUGGAUAAAUUCCAACAGAUCAAGCUUCCUUACACGAUCACCAGAGAGAAGCGCGUGCCGCUUAAAAAUCCGCUCGUGACGCAAACGGUGGAGGUGAUGAAACAAACCGAAAUGAUACAAACACUCAUCGACACCUACUCGACCAAGUCGGGAUGUAACUACAUCCUGAACCCGUGUCAGCUAAUGCCGACCGUACACUUUCCCUCCAGCAAUGUGGUUGAUCUGACGCGGAUGGAGAAAAUUACGCGCCCGUUCUGGUUCGUGCUACCGGACGAAACACCCUUUACGCGCGGUACGUGCAAAAACUUUGUCAAACUAUCGCAACCGGUCGUCCUGCAGGCACUCCGGAAAGCUGCGUGUGGUUUGCUCUGCAUGGAAGGCUUUUCGGAGAUUAAUGAAUCCGCACUGAUUAUGAUCGUGGACGGGUUGGAUCAGUAUUUGCGGCUGCUAACGACUGCACUGCGUACAGCGUAUACGGAACAGGACGAGGAGAUUGGACCGGUACCGACGUUGGUGAUGGUGGAACGGAUGUAUCAAAGUAUCGGCCGCAGCCCGGUGUACCAUCUGCACAACUACUACAAAAAGCUGAUGAACAAAAACCGGGACGAGGUGCGAGAGUUUAAGGAUAUCUACCAGGAGUACGAUCGGUUGCUGCAGGAGAAUCAACUAUCGGUGCAGAAUAUGCAGAAGCUUGGCGAUCUAAAGGAGGAAGAUUACAUGAACUUUCUCGACCAGCAGUCUCACUCUUCGAACGGUACGACGAUUGAAGGGACGGCGAUGAACAUCAUUAACUUUAUCAACGGAGAAACGGUGAAUGGAUUCAAAGACAUACUGGAGGGUGAACUGUUGGAAAGCAGCAGUACACAGGAUUCGUCCGAUCAGUUGAACAAUCAACAAUUCUACCAGGCGGAUUCAUCUUCGCAAGGAUACGCACCAUCCGGACCUAUGUAGCAGUCUGCCGAGGAACCAGUACACCGCUUCAUUUUAUAACACUUCAGAUACUUCAGGAGCGUCAAAGUCAGCAUAGAAAUUAAAAAUUAGUAAUGUAAUUUUUAAGCAUAACAGUUCAAACAAUAAUAUAAUAUAAUAAUAUAAUAUAAUAUAAUAACAAUUACAUCAAAUAAUAAUAAUAAUAAUAAUAAAAUAAGAAACCACAAACAAUCACAUU